GAGGCCGGGCCCGCGGAGAAGGAGGCGAGCGGAUCGCCGGGGCUGCUCGGCUCCUGCGCGCCCUCGCGCUCCCCGCCGCCCGCCGAGGCGCAGGCAGGGCGCAGGCGGCGGCGGGAGGCAUGGAGAGCCUGCUGGAAAACCCCGUGCGUGCCGUGCUCUACCUCAAGGAGCUCACGGCCAUCGUGCAGAACCAGCAAAGCCUCAUCCACACCCAGCGCCAGCGCAUCGACGAACUGGAGCGGCGGCUGGAAGAGCUAAGCGCCGAGAACCGCAGCCUGUGGGAGCACCAGCAGCUGCUGCAAACCCAGCCUCCGCCCGGGCUCGUCCCCCCGUCGCCAGCCCCGCUGCCGGGCGCGCCUGCCACCGCGGCCCAGGAACCGCUCCAGAACCACGGACAGCUCCCGCCCGCCGCGCCGCAACCCGCGCCCGAGCAGCCUCCGCUUCAGCACCACGGACAGCUCCUGGCGCAGCCCCAGCCGGGCCCCAGCAGCAGGGCUCACGCACCCCAGUCGCCCCACCAGCACCCGGUGGCGCCCGGGGCCGUCGCUGACAAGGAGAAGGAGCGUCCCCCGAGUUGCUGCGCUGCUGCUGGAACCCUCCUUCAGCACAAAUCCCCCGCUGCCCUCAGCAAGGGCGUCCUGAGCAGGAGACCCGAGAAUGAGACCGUGCUGCACCAGUUCUGCUGCCCAGCCGCCGACGCCGAGCAGAAGCCCGCCUGCUCCGACCUGGCCUCCCAAAGUGACGGCUCCUGCGCCCAAGCCGGUGGGGGCACGGAGGACUCCGUGGCGGCGGCGGCGGUGGCCGGCAGACCCAGUGCCCACGCCUCGAAGGCUCAAGCCCAGGAGCUGCAGGAGGAGGAGGAGCGGCCGGGGGCGGGGGGCGCCUCCCCGCGGGCCGGCCCCCACCGCGCGGCCUCCCCCGGCCGGCAGCAGCCUGCCCUGGCGACGGCGCUCUGCUCCCGCGCCCCUGCCGCCUCCGAUUACGAACUCUCCCUUGACCUAAAGAAUAAACAGAUUGAAAUGCUAGAACACAAGUACGGGGGCCACCUGGUGUCCCGGCGCGCCGCCUGCACCAUCCAAACCGCCUUCCGCCAGUACCAGCUCAGCAAGAACUUCGAGAAGAUCCGCAACUCGCUCCUGGAGAGCCGCCUGCCGCGGCGCAUCUCCCUGCGCAAGGUGCGCGCGCCCACCGCCGAGAGCCUGGCGGCCGAGAGGGCGCUCCUGGAGGGCUGCGGCCUCGCGGGGCUGCCGCUGGUGCGCUCGCCCUCCCUGCCGCCCACCUUCGCAGGCACGCUCACCGAGCUGGAGGACUCCUUCACCGAGCAGGUGCAGUCCCUGGCCAAGUCCAUCGACGAUGCCCUCAGCACCUGGAGCCUCAAGACCAUGUGCUCCCUGCAGGAGAGCGGCGCCUACCAGCUCCACCAAGCCCUGCGCGCAGGCGCGGGGACGCCAGGCCUGGAGGCCGAGGCGCGGGAGCCCGAGGGCGCCCACCCCGGGGCCGGGGCUGAGCCCGCCGAGCCUGCCGGCCCGCCCCAGGGCCAUGGCAGCACGCUCAUGAUGGCUUUCCGGGACGUCACCGUGCAGAUCGCCAGCCAGAACAUCUCCGUCUCCUCCUCCACCGCCCUGUCGGUGGCCAACUGCCUGGGCGCGCAGACGCCUGCGGCCCCAGCAGAGUCCGCGGCAGGCAAGGCGGAGCAGGGCGGGCCCGGGGGGCAGGAGGCCCCGGAGGCCCCCAGCGCCGGCCAGGGGCACGCGCCGGCCGAGGACGCGAGCGCAGAAGCCGGAGUUGGGGGAGCCCAGCGCGCCAGCCCGCCCGGGGCUGCGGGGCCAGCGGCGGAAGAGGACGAGGAGGAGGCCGAGGAGGUGGGGAAAGGGGCCGAGGCCGAGGCCGCCGACAACUCGGAGCAGCUGAGCAGCAGCAGCACGUCCACCAAAUCCGCCAAGUCGGGCUCAGAAGCCUCGGCUUCGGCCUCCAAGGAGGCCCUGCAGGCCAUGGUCCUGAGCCUGCCCCGCUACCACUGCGAGAACCCGGCCAGCUGCAGGUCCCCCACGCUCUCCACCGACACCCUGCGCAAGCGGCGGUACCGCAUCGGCCUCAACCUCUUCAACAUAAACCCGGACAAGGGCAUCCAGUUCCUGAUCUCCCGAGGCUUCAUCCCCGACACCCCCACUGGAGUGGCCCACUUCCUGCUCCAGCGCAAGGGCCUCAGCCGCCAGAUGAUCGGAGAGUUCCUGGGCAACAGCAAGAAGCAGUUCAACCGCGACGUGCUGGACUGCGUGGUGGACGAGAUGGACUUCUCUGCCAUGGAGCUGGACGAGGCUCUGCGGAAGUUCCAGGCGCACAUCCGCGUGCAGGGCGAGGCCCAGAAGGUGGAGCGGCUCAUAGAGGCCUUCAGCCAGCGCUACUGCAUGUGCAACCCCGAGGAGGUGCAGCAGUUCCACAACCCCGACACCAUCUUCAUCCUGGCCUUCGCCGUCAUCCUGCUCAACACUGACAUGUACAGCCCCAACAUCAAGCCUGACCGGAAGAUGCUGCUGGAGGACUUCAUCCGCAACCUGCGGGGUGUGGACGAUGGCGCCGACAUCCCCAGGGAGCUGGUAGUCGGCAUCUACGAGAGGAUUCAGCAGAAGGAGCUCAGGUCCAACGAGGACCACGUCACGUACGUCACCAAGGUGGAGAAGUCCAUUGUGGGCAUGAAGACAGUGCUGUCGGUGCCCCACCGCCGCCUGGUCUGCUGCAGCCGGCUCUUCGAGGUGACGGACGUGAACAAGCUGCAGAAGCAGGCCGCGCAUCAGAGGGAGGUGUUCCUCUUCAACGACCUGCUGGUGAUUCUCAAACUUUGCCCCAAGAAGAAGAGCUCCGCCACGUACACCUUCUGCAAGUCCGUGGGCCUGCUGGGCAUGCAGUUCCACCUCUUCGAGAACGAGUAUUACUCUCAUGGCAUCACGCUGGUGACCCCGCUCUCGGGCUCCGAGAAGAAGCAGGUGCUGCAUUUCUGCGCCCUGGGCUUGGACGAGAUGCAGAAGUUUGUGGAGGACCUGAAGGAGUCCAUCGCGGAGGUGACAGAGCUGGAGCAGAUCCGGAUAGAGUGGGAGCUGGAGAAGCAGCAGGGGGCGAAGACGCUCUCCUUCAAGGCAGGUGGAGCCCAGGUGGACCCACCGUCGAAACAGGGAUCGCCCACAGCCAAAAGGGAAGCGGCCCCGGGGGAGAAGGCAGCGGAGAGCGCGGUGGAGGUGUCAAUUCACAACAGGCUUCAAACGUCCCAGCACAACCCCGGGCUGGGGGCCGAGAGGGGAGCGCCGGCACCAGACCUGCAGCCUAGCCCCUUGAGGGAGCAGCCCCUGCCGCUGCCUCUGCCGCCGCCCACACCCCCCGGGACCCUGGUGCAGUGCCAGCAGAUUGUCAAGGUCAUCGUCCUGGACAAGCCCUGCUUGGCCCGCAUGGAGCCCCUGCUGAGCCAGGCUCUCUCCUGCUACGCAGCGUCCUCCUCUGACUCCUGCGGCUCCACGCCCCUGGGUGGCCCGGGCUCCCCGGUCAAGGUCAUCCAUCAGCCCCCACUGCCCCCGCCUCCGCCCCCCUACAACCACCCUCACCAGUUCUGCCCGCCCGGCUCCCUGCUGCACCGGCGCCGCUGCUCCAGCAGCUCCAGGAGCCUGGUGUAGCCUCUGCCCCCGAACGCUCUCUGCCACGCUGCUGCCCCAGGACCUGGGAUGCAGCCAGCAGCCCCUACUGCCCCUUCACCUGCUGCUCCCCACGCCCGGCACACUGUGUUCCUGGUCACCCAUCACUGUCGUUCUGGAAAGAGAACCCCGCCCCCUGGCACCUGGUUGCCUGGCCCCGGCUUCCCUCACUCAGCUGAGCAGGCCUCCCCCCGAAUCUGCAGACACCCCUCACUCCCCUGGGGCCCUACACAGCCAGGCACGCCGGGCCUCCUCUUCCCCCACCACCAUUCUGGCCACUUGGACCAUGGACAAGGGACACAGGAGCCAAGGGCCUAGCCAGCUUCCAGGCCAAGUCUGUUGGGCCCCGGGCCCCGGGCCCCAGGCCUCAGGCCGGGCAGGCAGGCAUCGGGGGGCUGGGUGACCAGCACCCGAGCCUUGGACAGAGGUGGUCUGGUUCACUGGCCCAGCACUAGGUGCCACACUGGGUGGGCAACAGUUGGCCCUGGGUCCCUGGACGGCCAGGUCGGGUGGGAGUGUGUGGACGGGGCUUUGCUGCCCCUGCCCCCGCAGGCCCAGCAGUCUGAGGAGCCGUAUCCCCAGGGACGUUGGCCGUCCUGACCACAGCCUCCCCCUCCUCACGGCCUUCUCCUGCAUUCUCAGGAGCUGGGGCCCAGCCUGCCCAGGGCUGCGAGACUUCAGGAGAGCUUCAAGAAAGGCGGGGGGAAGGGGGUGCCCCUCAGCUCUCUCAGCCAGUUCAGCAGAGCCCUGGAAUCAUGAGGUCAUGUAUCUACAAAACGCACAUGUUAGGAGUUUCCUGCUCUCUAGCUCCAAAUAAUGCCAGCCACGGCGAAGCGCACCCAGGGCAGAGAUACACACCCACAUGCGAGAGCCAGGUCCAACCAAGCGCAGAAGCAGAAACAGGCGAGGUGGGGGGUCCGCCCAGGCCCACGCAGCCAGCAGACACAGGAUUCCCACAAGUCAGGGCGCCCUCCUGAGUGACUUCCACGGUCCCCAGGAGGGACUGGGAUGCAGAAGGGGCAGGAGAAGCAGGUGCUCCAGAGGCCUUUGCCUGCCCCCUGCCGCCAUCCCAAACCAGCCCUGAGGCCUUUAAGUCCUCCCCCUCCCACCUCCCCUGCAAGGCCCCAGUCUUGCCUCCAGUCAGGGUGGCUAAAACCUUCAAAACUGCAAAGGAGAGCCAAGCAGGGCUCGCUGUCCUCCCUGGGACCCAGCAGAAUCAGAGCCAACCUCUGUGCAGCCCCCUCCCGCCACAGAGCCUAGGCAGCCCGGCCUCAAAGACCCCAGGGUGGGUGCCCUGGCCGGCCCCAAGCACGGCCCUUUCAGGGACUGUCUCUUCCAAGCCAGGCUGGACCCUUCUCUGGUCCUGAGCCAACAGUUUGCUGCUGUCCUUUGUUAAGAUCCCCUCCCACUAGGAGCCCAGGUCCAAGAUGUCCCAAGAGAUGGAAGUGAACAUUGGUCCAGAGUGAAUCUGCUCUCUGCACCCCACCCCCACCCCCACC